AUGCUUCUCUUCAAACCUAACAAACUCUUACUGCAUCUUCUAUUUGUUACUAUUUACUUUAUGAAAGCUCAUAGUCUAACCAAUGUCCUUCAAGAACUCAACAAAAUCCUGCUUAUUACCACGAAUAUUUUAUUCUGCAAUCAAUCUGACAGACUUGUAUCUUUCGAAUCAAAAUAUCUUCAUCAAAUGCAAUCUAUUUCACUACUGAUCUAUACUAAAAUCUUUAAUGCCACAGAGUUGCAAUAUAAUUUGGGAGCUGAAAAUAAACUAUUUAUUGUUUUAAGUAACGAUAGACCGCCCUACGAGUUCUUUCGGGAACUGGAUCUGCAAUUCCAACUGGCGGAAUUCGUAAUAGUUCUUGAGAAUCCCGGGGAUCUGGAGAUGGAAUACCAGUGGUUGGACUUUGUAAUGCACCUCUUUCAUGAGGGCUAUGUCCACAUACUAUUCUAUAAUCUACACAACGAUAAACUUUAUCACAAAAUAUUAUUUCCUAAUGUUCUUAUAGAAGAAACUACCAUAGUACACUAUCUCUCCGUGCGAGGAUCAUUCCACAACCUUCACGGAUAUCCUGUGCGAGUGGCUGUCUACAAUAACACACCUCGAGCUUUGAUCUACAAUGACAAGUGGGGAAAGAGGGUAUACGCCGGAUUUUAUCUGCGGUUUGUCCGAGCCUUUCUGGACAGGAAAAAUGGUACUUUCCUGCCAGUUCACACCCCCAACGACUCACCUCGAAACUGUACGUUGUUUUUGCUAAACGAAACAGUAGAUCUGUGUACCGAUGCCCUGGCCGCCAAUCCUGCGGCCUUUACUUUGACUCACGGAUUCAGGAUCGCCUCAGCCAACGUCCUGGUAACCCAUGCCAAGCCCCUGCACUCGUAUCGAUAUCUAACGGCCCCCUUCCAGUGGAGUGUGUGGCUUUGUUUGGGCUCGUAUGUGAUUCUGGUGGUGAGCUUUCUCAGUUUCAUCCACUGGAUGCGAAGACGGAAGUGGGACUUUAGCAAGCACCUACUCGAGGUCUUCAGUUCACUCUUGUUCAGUGGCUUCCAACUGAAGGAAAUCCAUGGCCGGGAGCGAUAUAUACUCUUUGGUGUACUCUUCAUAGCUGGAUUCGUAUACUCCACGGAAUACUUGGGAUUGCUCAAAAGUAUGCUGAUCUCUGAGGUUUUCGAGAAGCAGAUCGACAGCUUUGAGUCCUUGGCCGCCAGCAACAUAACCCUCUUGGUGGAUACAUACGACAGGACACUGUUUGCCAGGUACAACAUGCCGGAAAUCCUGUGGUCCGUAAUGGAAACAGUCCCCUCUGAAAACCUUCUAAAGCAUCGGAACUCCUUCGAUCAGGACUAUGCCUAUGUACUCUUCUCGGAUCGGAUGGCGCUGUACGAUUAUGCUCAGCAGUUUCUGCGCCAUCCAAAGCUUCUUCGGAUUCCCAUCGAUUUUGCCUUUCUCUACACUGGGAUUCCCAUGCGGAAGCGCUGGUUCCUUAAAUAUCACUUAAGUCGCGCCUGGUACUGGUCCUUCGAGAGCGGACUUACCCGGAAGCUGGCCCUGGACGCCGACUUCGAGGCCGUUCGCGUGGGCUACGUGGACUUUCUUGUCACUGAGCACAUGGAGGCGAUGCCGCUGGGACUCGAUUAUUUCGUCAUGCCGGCAAUUGCUCUGGCCCUGGGUUACUUCAUGGCCCUCCUCAGUUUUGUCAUCGAGUUGACGGCCAGGCGCAUGAGCGGAUUCCUGGCAUUCAGGCGAAGGAUUCAGCAGCUCCGAUGGAGGAGGAAGACAAGUGCCGGGUGUCUGGGAGGCGGUGAUGUUGAUGUUGAAGUUGAUUGA